AUGAAAAGACAUCUAGCUGGAAUUAAAGGUGAUGUGGCUCCAUGUAUGGGUGUACCUUAUGAUGUUAGGUUCCAAAUGGUUGAGAAUUUGAAGGAAAUUUCAAAAUCUAAAGAACAAACCAAAAAGGAUCAAGAAGCAUCUAAUUAUUCGCCAUUAGAGGAGUCACCAGAAUUUGAAGAUGUCCAAGAAAUUACUCCUAGAGGUAGGGGGUUAGGUAGGGGAAAUAGAAGUAGUCCUAGUAAUUUUCCACCAAGAUCCAAUCUUGGCAAGAGAAAGGUUGGUGACAUUGAUAAUUACUUCGCUCCUAGGACAACACCGGGAGCUCAACCUUCUAUUAAAAGUGUGCUUGCUGGCAAAGAAAAGAAGUGGAGGGUUGAUAUGGCUGUAGCUAGAUGGAUGUAUGAUGCUUGCAUUCCAAUUAAUGCUGUGAAUUCUAGUUAUUAUCAACCUAUGCUCAAUGCUGUAGCUUCUUAUGGUCCUGGAUAUAGAGGUCCAAAUUAUCAUGCCCUUCGAGUGCCUUUGUUGAGAGAAGCAAAAAGAGAAGUUCAAUUGAUUGUUGAUUCUCAUCGUUCAUAUUGGGCUGAUACUGGUUGUACAAUAAUGGCUGAUGGGUGGACUGAUACUAGGCAUAGAACAUUGAUUAAUUUUCUUGUCUAUUGUCCUAAAGGUAUUAUUUUUAUACGUUCUAUUGAUGCUUCUGACUUGGUUAAGGAUGCUAUUACUUUAAGUAACUUGUUUGAUGAAAUUGUUAAUUGGGUUGGUCCUGCAAAUAUAGUACAUUUGGUCACUGACAAUGCUGCAAAUUAUGUAGCUGCUGGAAGAAUUGUGUGUGGAAAAUAUAGGAACAUUAGUUGGUCACCUUGUGCAGCACAUUGCCUAAACCUAAUUUUUAAAGAGAUUGGGAAGAUGGAUCAUGUAGCUAAACUUGCAAAGCGUGCAUCCAAGAUCACUGUGUUCAUCUAUAACCAUGUGGCUUUGCAAGCUUGGUUGAGGACUAGAAAAAAUUGGACGGAAAUUGUGCGUCCAGGGCCAACUAGGUUUGCUACUACUUUCAUUGCCUUAGGGAGUCUUAAGGAACAUAAGCAUGACUUACAAGCAUUGGUGACUAGCAAAUUUUAUGUUGAAUCAAAAUAUGCAAAAGAUAAGAAAGCAAAGGCAGUGGUGAAAAUCAUUCUUGAUAAUCAAUUUUGGAAUGAUUGUCAUGUAAUUGUGCAUAUUAUGUCACCAUUGAUUCGUUUAUUACGCAUUGUUGAUUCUGAUGAAAAACCAGCUAUGGGUUAUGUAUAUGAUGGCAUGUAUAGAGUAAUUGAUGGAAUUAAAAAAAUUUUCAAGGACAAGAAGAGACUAUGGGAGCCUUAUGUUAAUAUUAUUAAGGAUCGUUGGGAUAAUCAAUUCUAUAGAGAUAUUCAUGCUGCUGCUUAUUGGUUGAAUCCUGCAUUCCAAUAUGACACUUCCACUCUUAAUAAGAGGCUAGAGACACAAUCUGCUGUGACAGAUGUUAUUGAAUCAAAAGUUUCAGUUGGUCGGUUGAAGUUGGUGGAGGAAUUAAGGCUAUUUCGAGAGCGUGAACAAACUUUUGGAAGCCAACUUGCUCAAGAAUCAGCCAAGACAUCUCAGCCGGAUGAGUGGUGGAAGUUGUUUGGAUCUUGUGCUCCAACCUUACAAAAGUUUGCAAUUCGGAUCCUUAGCCAAACAGCUGCCUCUUCGGGAUGUGAGCGGAAUUGGAGUGCUUUUGAACAAAUACAUACCAAAAGAAGAAAUAGAUUGGAGCAUCAACGACUUAAUGAUCUUGUGUUUGUUCAUUAUAACUACCGAUUGAAAGAAAGGUAUAUCUUAUAUAGUUUCUUUGUUUCAAUGUUUUUGUGGGGAAAUAUGAGUGAUUCAUUGAUUUGGUCAAGUGGGUUCUUUGUGAUUGUUAAAUAUAAGUGA